AUGAACACUGUUCGCUCCAUCUUUGGCUUUCAUAGCAGGUCCUCGACUUCGGCGGCAUCUGAACAGACACACGAGGAUAGCACCCAGGCGAAUGCAGAUCAGACCCGUCACACAAACGCCGUCCGCCCCAGCGGCAGCCGUUCUUCGCUGCGAAGUGAACGCCCUCACAGGAACAGCCAACGCACCAGUUCACACCACACAACACAGCCGACCUCCCCCUCAUCCCAUCAUGUCUCACACAGCUCUACUCAACACGAGCCCUCUCGCCGGCACUCAGGUCCAGUGGUGUUCUCCGACUACUCUACGCCUGCGAUUCCGAACAGCUUGUUCUUCGCCUCGGACUUUAUGGUCGGCGCAGGUAUGAUCGUGUUCCAGUCGGAGACCAGGAAGGUUCUGCUCCUGUAUGAGCCAGAGGGCAAGUACUGGUUUUUCCCUAAGGGCAGGAAGGACAUCGGCGAGAGCCUUGAGCAGGCUGCACUGCGGGAGGCGUACGAGGAGUCGGGAUAUCGCGUAGACUUCCUCCCGCUGUUCAUUCCCACCAAUGCGCCAUCUCCACCUGGGGAUAGAAGGAGGGUGUAUCGCCCGUGUACGGAGCCCAUAUAUGUCACUACGAGGAGUUGGGGCCCGAGGCGGCGUAGGCGGCCUACGGGCGCAGGCGACAAUGGCGGCGAGUAUUUCACUUACUGGUAUGUGGGCCAGAUCCCCGCCGAUGCUGUCCACGAGCCCAAUACGGGGAUGCCGGACGAGCUGGGAUACCAAUCGCAUUUGUUGACCUUUGAAGAUGCCGUAGCACGACUGGAACAAUGCGGUUUACGCGAGUUUGCCGUCAUGUUGGUUGUGGCGUGGAAACUCUGGGAAACGACGGAGACCGAGUUGCAGAAGAGAACUGCUGACGAUGGAAACAAUCAUUCUCAGGAUGUAUGAACGGAUGCUCGGAUGUGGGCUUUGAUAUCUCUGUCGGAUGGAUUGUUGCUGAGUUAGUCCCUGCACUGUUCUUGUACAAUAAAUAUACCGCUAGAUGCAUGCCACCUGUAUGACCAGUGUCCAAGGCAUCUCGGCCCACAUGUCGCAUUGGCAACGCAGGC